AUGACUCUGAUACGAAUUAAGGGUAAGGGUUCCAAGUGUUGCAGGGGUUUCAAGCGUUGCGAGGGUUUCAAGUGCUGCAAGGGUUUAGAGUGUUGCAAGGGUCUCAAGCAUUGCAAGGGUUCCAAGUGUUGUAAGGGUUUUAAGCGUUGCGAAGGUUUCAAGUGUUGCAAGAGUUUCAAGCGUUGCAAGGGUUCCAAGUGUUGUAAGGGUUUCAAGCAUUGCGAGGGGUUUCAAGUGUUGCAAGAGUUUCAAGUGUUGCAAGGGUUUCAAGCAUUGCAAGGGUUUCAAGUGCUGCAAGGGUUUCAAGCGUUGCAAGGGUUUUAAGUGUUGCGAUGAGCUUGAAAAUCACAUUAACAGAGAAAAAGGAAAGGUAUAGAAAGAAAAAAUGA